GAAAUUGACUCGAAGGCAUCAGUACAAGAGGCAUGGACUCUAUUCAGGCAGUUAUACAACUGGGUAACUCAACCAUACAUACCCUGGACUGUCCCAAAGAAAAAGAAGCACGGACAUCCCUGGAUAGGGCGGGAUAUUCGACGUUUACUGAGACAAAAGAAGAAAUGUUGGGACGUUGCCAUCCGCCUUGGCACAGCAGGUACGAUGGAACGCUACAGAUUGAUACGAAACGAGUGUAUAACGAAAAUUCGGGAAGCUCAAAGAAAACAUGAAAUGCAGCUGGCACAAUCUGCACUCAAGCAGUCCAAGAGAAUAUUCUCGUACAUAAACUACAGAACAAGGAUGCAUCAUUGGAUUCCUAACCUAAUUAAGGUAGGAAGUGAAUCUGAAAUGAUAGAGGAAGAUCAGGAAAAAGCAGAGGCUAUGGCUGAAUAUUUUGGGGCAGUUUUCACUCAGUAACCUCCUCUAGAGAAAGAACCAGACCCAAAUACAAAGUCAACAAACCAGCUGCUCACCGUGGACUUCGACCAAAACGAUGUGCUUAAGGCUCUUAGCACCCUAAACAUGGAGAAGUCAACAGGACCAGAUGAACUACACCCCAAAAUCUUGAGACAUAUUGCCCAAUAUAUCGCGGCCCCACUGACUAUGAUAUUCAAUAUGUCACUUGACCAAGGUGUGUUACCUAUGGACUGGAAGGACGCAGUCGUCAUUCCCAUACAUAAAACAGGUCCACGACAAGUUCCAUCGAAUUACAGAUCUGUAAGCCUCACCAGUGUGGUAAUUAAAAUACUGGAAAGAAUAAUCAAACGGACCAUAACGGCAUUCAUGGAAACCAAUAACUUGUUUAACAUGGCACAACAUGGUUUUAGAAAGGGUAUAUCCUGUACAACGAACCUCCUUAUAGCUAGGGAGUUCUGGAUUAAUGCGCUAGACAACGGAAACUCAGUGGAUGUUGUCUACAUAGACUUCAGUAAGGCUUUUGACAAGGUGCCAACUAAUAGACUGCUAUUGAAGUUGGAAAACAUUGGUAUUGCCGGACCUCUUUUAAAAUGCAUUAAAGAUUUCCUAGUAGGUCGUAGACAAAAAGUAAGAAUAAAUUCCAAGUGCUCCAUCUGGAGACCAGUACUUAGUGGAGUACCCCAAGGUUCCGUCCUAGGUUCUUUACUUUUUAUAAUGUACGUUAAUGAUCUUACAAGUAUAGUACAGUCUCCAAUGUUAUUAUACGCUGACGAUGUAAAAAUUUGGCGAGUAAUAACUGGAGACAAAGACGCAUUUACUCUUCAGGCAGACUUAAAUAAUAUGAUAAACUGGUCCAAGGAGUGGCUGAUGCCUAUCGACGCGGAAAAGUGUGUCUACAUGCACUUGGGGGAUUCAAAGGUUAAUAAGUACAACAUAGGGGAUGUGUCAUUACCCGUAGUCCGGUCUCAUAAAGAUCUAGGGGUGACAGUGAGUAAUGAUCUUAAGACGACGGCCCAUUGCCGGGAGGUCGCAGCCAAGGAGUUUCGAACCCUCUGGCCUUUAAAAACGACAUUCACUAGGUUAGAUACUACCAUGUUCACCACAGCAUACACAUCCUUAGUGAGAACUAAGCCAGAGAACUGCGCUCAGGCUGCAAGCCCCUGUUUAAAAGGUGACUCGGACAUACUAGAAAAAGUACAGAGGGCAGCUACGCUUGCAAUUCCGGAACUCCGGGGUUAAUCAUACGAAGAGCGGCUUGAAAAACUGGACCUCUUUACUCAGUCCUAUCGCAGACUAAGGGGAGAUCUAAUUUUGAUGUACAGAAUACUGAGAAAUGAUUUCGGACCUAACUUAUUCUCUCUCUUUCUUCCCACUAGAUCGGGACACCUUAGAGGACAUAACAGGCGAGUAGAAAAGCCAAGAACGAACAAAAUACCCGUGGCAUACAGGUUCUCACACCGAGUCAUCAAUAUUUGGAACCUGCUGUCUGAAGCAGUGGUGUCCGCACCUUCAAUUGACUCUUUCAAGAGAAAACUGGGCACUCACAGAACAUACUAGAAAAGGAAUAAAAUAGGCCGUAGGCCUUCUGUCCUUACUACACAAAUCUGAAUCUGUAUUAACAGUUCGUUCACCCGCUUCUAUGGCCUUUUGGGGUACAAUAUAAUUGUUGCCUCAGUCAGCCAUUACGAGAGGCUAGAAUCCUAGCCUGCUAAUAAGCCAUGUAGAAGCAAGAAUUACAGGUGGU